AUGGAUAUCCUCAAUAGGCGACCUCAAGGCGAGCCUGUGCUGGAGGAUGGGUUCCUAUGCUCCGUCUGCUUCCAGGAAUGCACGGUUAAUCGCAGAUGCUCUGUUUGCAAGCUUGUCUAUUAUUGCGGGACAAAGUGCCAAACAGCCUACUGGAAUGCUCAUAAAGAGGUUUGCACCCAUGAUACAGUCCGUGCUGCUCGCCGCGAAGACAAGAUUCUCGCUUUACAACACAACAUCAUCGACGUGAACGAGAUAUGCUUCGUACUCUCAAAGUUGGCCUGUCACCUUCUCGCUCUUCGCACUACUCCGGAUAACGCCGACAACACGCGCGCCCUCCAUCUGCUCUGGGACCUGCACCCGACUUCGGACGGCAGGCAGAUACUACACCUCCUGCGAGCGAGCAUGUAUGACAUACCGCCUGAUGAUUCCUACUAUCAUUCCCCUACGGCGCUGGUUAGACGUCCGACGGCCUUGUCGGAGAUGCAUGAGGCGCUUGUCGUGUCAGGCCAGGCGCAAUGGGUCGCCGUAGUCCCGGUAUUCAGUCGCCCCAAUUUUGAGAAGCGCCAUAACGCCAUGGUCGCUGCUGGGAGGACGUCAAUCUAUGUGCCCGCCUAUGUCGAUAUUCUCAAUCUCUCAUCCGCCGAUGCGCACAGGCUAGACGCUCUCGCUCAGCUCGAGAUGAUGUACGGCUUUCCGGAGGCAACAUACGCGCAAGCUCUUGUUCGACAAGUGAACGACAUCAUCGCUGCUGAUACUGAGAACAGGCACGGAUGGCGUACGAGACGGCGCUCUUUGCAGGAGGGUCAAUAG